AGCUCAACUACUUCCUACUGCCCGUCUCCACGGCAACCAGCAUUCCGCUUUGCGGCUGAGCAAGCCACGCCCACCGUGGACGUAAACACUCGAACUAGAGGCGACAGAGAACUAUCCCAGGUAAAACUUUGACACUAGAGGGGAGGAGAUGGCCAAAGGAAAAACGAAGAUCAGCAGCAGAUCUGAUUCAGCCCCGCCCCCAGCGCGGUCACUCAGGUCAAGAAAGAGGGAAGCUGAGAGCAAUGACGUUGGUCAAACAGCCAACGUCCAAGCUCCUCUACAUCUAAAGGGCGUAGAGGAGGUCACAACUGCAGCCAAGCCUCUUCAGGAAUGCGCAGUCAUCGUGCAUCAGCUGUGUCAGUCAGUGGAGCAGUCCUGUCUGACUAGGCCAGAUGAAGCCACCAAAGAAAAGCCCACAGAUGAAUCAGAGGUCAGCUUUUUGAGUACAGCAGCCCCAAAGUCCAGCUCCAGCUGCAACGAGAAUCAGGCGGAGAGCUGGGCAGGUGAGGACGCCAUCGAUGAUGACAGCAAGAGGCAGCAGGCCACAGCCGUGGUGGAAAUCCACAGAUCCACAGAACAGAUGUUCACCGAUCCGCUCCAGGACUCUGAAGUGUCUGAGGCCUCCUCUACAAGUGUGGAGAAGGAGGUGGAGGGCCAGCAGGAGCAGCAAGAGUCCGCCCCGGCUUUUCCUGCCAAGAAGAGGCGGAGGAUGGGCUCCUGCGGCCUGACAGAGGGGGAGCGGAGUCGAAUUUUAGGAAACAGUGAGAAGAAGCCAAGCCGUGUGAAGGACAAUGAGAUGAAGGUCUGUUAUGACCCCGUGGCUUCAGACACUCCUCUGCGCUCUUCCAGCUAUGAAAGUGGGAAGAAGCAGGCAGAGCCACAACAGGCAGAGCUACAACAACAGGAAGAGCUACAACAGGCAGAGCUGAAGCAGGCAGAGCUACAACAAGCAGAGCUACAGCAGGUAGAGCUAAAGAAGGCAGAGCUACAGCAGGCAGAGCUACAACAACAGGAAGAGCUACAACAGGCAGAGCUGAAGCAGGCAGAGCUACAGCAGGCAGAGCUACAACAGGCAGAGCUGAAGCAUGCAGAGUUGGAGCAGGCAGAGGUGCAACAGGCAGAACUACAACAGGCAGAGCUACAGGAGGCAGAGCUGAAGCAGGCAGAAAAACAGCAGGUAGAGCUACAGCAGGCAGAGCUACAGCAGGCAGAGCUGAAGCAGACAGAGGUACAACAGGCAGAGCUACUGCAGGCAGAGCUACUGCAGGCAGAGCUGAAGCAUGCAGAGUUGGAGCAGGCAGAGGUACAACAGGCAGGGCUACAGCAGGCAGAGCUACAGCAGGCAGAGCUGAAGAAGGCAGAGCUACAGCAGGCAGAGCUGAAGAAGGCAGAGCUACAGCAGGCAGAGCUACAACAACAGGAAGAGCUACAACAGGCAGAGCUUAAAAAGGCAGAGCUACAGCAUGCAGACGAGAAUAGAAGAGCACCGACUGAACCCCCCAUCAGCUCCCUCUAUAGGGCUGACCCUGACUCUGAGUCUGCUCCACAGUCAACCCAGAGAGAACAUUCUGAAGGGCCGGAGGAGAACAUCCGCCUGGAUGGAGAGGAGGACGCUCCUCCACAGACGGUCAAUGCUGAAGAAAGAACGUCCUCCACUGAAGCUCCCACCACCGGACACCGCUGUGGAUCUGUGGAGCCGCCUACAGAGAUCCCUGCAGACUCAGAGGAGACAUGUAAUGGUGGAUCUACAGACGCUCCUGCUGCUGCACUCGGCUCUGGCAGGGAUUCACACAGCACCCAUGGAUGCUCUGAUGACGUGUCCGACUCCCAGCUCAACACCAUUGUUUUCACGGAGGAGCUGAUGGAGGACCAAUACUGCCUUGAAGAUGCAUCAGAGCUGCUCUGUGGGAUCAUCAGCGAGCUCUCCUCUAUCAAUCGGAGAGUCAUGGCGGCUCACCGGGAGCUGGAGAAGCUGCGGCGCUCCAGAAAAGCCUCCAGGUACUCCGCCCACUGAGAGCGCGGAGGGCAGUUUGAGACGGUUCUGUUUGGUUAGUGAAGGCAGUUUUUCAACAAAUGUUUGGGUUCUUCUGACGUUCUGUGAAUAAAGUGUUUGAGCCGUUCACGGGAACUUGUUCUGAAAACGGACCGUAAAGAAACACAUACCCAGAUUUCCAGAUAAAUAAAAAGAUUCAAAAAGAA